AUGUUAAAUAAUAAUAUUGAUGAAAGAAAGAUUUUAAAAAAAGGGUAUCAUAUAUCCACCAAAAGUACAUACUUUCAAGUUCUUUAUGAUGUUUACCUAAGCAAAAGAGACGACUGGAUUAGUGUCAACUCCCACAUCGCACCAGUUGGGAAUAACUUUCAAGAAACAUUAGAUUUAAUAAAAAAUCAAACUAAAGAUAGUGAAGUACCAUUACUAUUUACAAAUUUAGCAUGGGAAAGAAACUGUUCAAUAACAUAUAUCCGUAAUCAAGUUUAUUUUGAUGAAAAUCAAGAAAAAAAGUUAUACGAACAUUGUAGAGCCAUAGAAUCAUCAUCAAUUAUUAGAAACUCGGUUGGUAAUUCAAAUAUUUUAACAGAUAAAUAUUUAUUGUACAAAUAUUUAUUGAAUGGAGAGAAAUAUUUUGCUGUACCAACUAUAUUAAUAAACAAAGGCAGGGUUGACGAAACCAAAGGUAAGUUCUUUGAAGGAGCAGAGUUCACUAAAAAUGACGGUUUAUGGUAUUUAAAAGACUCAAUGAGGAAUAAGUCUGAAGGAAUUUAUUUAUUUACAAACAAAGAAGAGGCAUUUGAAUUUUCAAAAAGAGAUGAAAAUAUCAAUAGAAGGUUUUUAUUACAAAAAGAAAUUACACCGAUGCUCAUCGACUACCACUUCAAGUUUGAUGUUAGGGUGUACAUUGUUUCUGUCUUCACACCAGAGUACACCAAAUGCUAUUUAUUCAACGAGGGUAUAGUCAGAUCGACGAAUUCUGUCUAUAAAAGAGGUGACCUGCACAAAGAAAGUCAAUUAACCAAUUUCUGUUACCAAAAACAAGUUUCACCUGAAUUUCAAAGAAUAUAUAGAUUAAGCGACAUCACUAAAGACCAACUUGACAUUGACCCCAGUGAAAUGUUUGAGAAGAUUAAAGAGUGCACAGCAAGUUGUUUUGGUGAUGUUUUAACAAAACUUAAUCAAUACAAGCACCAUGGAUUCACAUUGUUAGGUUUGGAUUAUAUUUUUGACCACGAAAAAAAACCAUAUCUUUUAGAAAUUAAUUAUUCACCUUCAGCAUUCCAAGACUCGCCAAACAAUGUUCCAUUAGUAGUUCAAGAGCUUUGCAAGCAACUUCCUUUAAUUGCUUUGGAUCCAAUUUUAGAAAAUAAAUCACCCAUCUUGAAUGAUUUUAUCGAAAUUAAUUCAAUAAAUCACCACUGCUCAAAAAAUGGCGGUAAUGAGGAUCAUAAUACUGAAGAUUUCGAAUUAUUUUAA